AUGGCCGUUCCAGUGAUCGGAAGACUGUUUUGGUUCGAAUACCUUGCGCUUUUUGCGUCCUUGAUUCUAGUGCUGCUGGAAUGGGUGAUACAUUUUAUUACAUUCUGGCUGCCGGAGCCUAUAAUCGAGUUCUGUCACGAUCGUUCCAAGGCCUUAUUCAAUCUUCUGAUCCCGGGAGAGAGACUAUACAAGCGUGGUAAGGAGGAGCAGAUCGCUGCACGGGUUGCGCAGGCCUCCAACUUUGCAGACAUUUGUGCCAUUUUCGGCUAUGAGGCGGAGGAGCACAUCGUGCAGACGAAAGAUGGCUUUCUGAUAGGACUACACCGCCUGGCCUAUCGCAGAGGCGAGGAGGGUCGCCUCGUCAAUCGAGGAGAGGGAACCCUCGAGAAGAAGGUUGUCUAUCUCCACCACGGUCUUUUGAUGUGCAGCGAAGUCUGGGUGUGUUUGACAGAUGCUCAACGAUGUCUCCCUUUUCAGCUUGUGGAGAGAGGAUAUGAUGUCUGGCUUGGGAACAAUCGCGGCAACAAAUAUUCCAAGAAGUCUAUCCAUCACUCUCCCCUGUCCACCAAGUUCUGGGGCUUUUCGAUGGACGAGUUUGCGUUCUACGAUAUCCCUGACAGCAUUACCUACAUCCUCAAUGUGACAGGACAGGCUUCCUUGUCGUAUAUCGGGUUCUCGCAAGGAACAGCACAGGCGUUUGCGACUCUAUCGAUUCAUCCGUUGCUCAACCAGCAAAUAGACGUCUUUGUGGCCCUUGCACCUGCAAUGGCCCCUUCGGGACUGCGGAAUCGUAUCGUGGACUCGUUGAUGAAGGCUUCACCCAACUUUCUGUUUCUCCUCUUUGGUAGACGCAGCAUCCUCAGUUCCACCCCUAUGUGGCAGACAAUUCUCUACCCGCCAAUCUUUGUUCGCAUAAUCGACGCAUCGCUUUCAAUUCUUUUCGGUUGGGAGGGCAAGAACAUUAGCUGGUAUCAGAAACUGGCAAGUUACCUGCAUCUCUAUUCGUUCACUAGCACAAAGUCGGUGGUGCAUUGGUUUCAAAUCAUGCGGCAUAGGACCUUUCAAAUGUACGAUGAUGAAGUUCAUGCUCCGUUCAGCGUUGUGGCGAGUCAACGGUUUUACAAACCGGUCAAGUACCCCACCAGGAACAUCAAGACCCCGAUUGUUCUUCUUUACGGUGGAAGUGACAGUCUGAUCGAUAUCGGGGCGAUGUUGCGAGAGCUCCCACGGGGGACGGUGGCCAAGUCAAUUCCAAGUUAUGAGCAUUUGGAUUUCCUAUGGGCAAGAGACGUGGACCAACAGGUGUUUGGACACGUUUUUGAGGCUCUUGAGCGGUACGGCCCCGGAGAAUAUAGCGGGAGGAAAUGGCACAGAGCAGUCAAACAGACCAACGGCUUGAUAUAA